AUGCAGCUAUUCAUUGAGUCCUCAAACUACAAGCUGUGGGACAUCAUUGAAAAUGGCAACAUUGUUCACAAAGAUGACGCUGGAGAAUCUAUCAAGAAAGAUCAACUGACAGAAGCACAACUCAAAAACUAUCAACUCAACGCAAAAGCAAAGUUGUUUCUUCUUUGUGCACUGAGUAAAUCUCAGCUGGACAAAGUUGAUGGGCUAGCAACAUCGAAAGAAGUUUGGGAAGCCCUAGGGCUUGCCUAUGAAGGUACAGCGAACGUUAGACAAGCCAAAGUGAGUUUACUUGUGGCUGAAUAUGAGACCUUCAAGAUGAAAGAGAAUGAAAGCAUUGAUGACAUGUUUGGAAUAUUCCAAACCGUUGUUAAUGGUCUUAGGAAUCUUGAUCGUAAAUAUGAAAAUGUUGAUCAAAUCACAAAGAUUCUAAGAUGCCUUCCUAGACGAUGGAGACCCAAAGUUACUGCUAUUCAAGAAGCUAAGGAUCUUAGCACAUUGAAACUUAAAGAUCUCCUCGGAUCUCUGAAGGUUCAUGAAAUCGAACUUGCCCAUGAUGAAGGACUGAAGAAGCAGAAGAACAUUGCGUUCAAAGCUAACAGUUCCAAAACUGUCCAAGUAAAGGAACAAUCUGAUGAAGAAGAAUCCUCAGAAGAACUAUCAGAGGGUGAACAAGCUCUCUUCAACAGAAAGUUCAAGAGGAUGUGGAUCAAACAGCAAAGAGGAAAAGGUUCAUUAAAGAAAGACAACAAACGAGAAUCAAGUCUGGAAAAGAAACCCUUCACACACAAAGGAGAAAGUGGCUCAAGUGCAGACAAAAGCAACAUUACUUGUUUUGAAUGGAAGAAGCCAGGCCGCAUCAAGCCAGACUGUCCAAGACUAGCCAAAAGUCUACCAAGAAGUCACACUACAAAAAAAAAAUCCUUAGCAACUGGAUGGGAUGAAUCUGAGGACGGUUCAGAAGGCGAUGAUGAAGAUGCGGAUGAAGAUGCACACUUUGCACUCAUGGCAUCAGUGAACGGUUCAGACGACGAUGAGGACGAUGAGGUAAAACCUGAAAACCUCAAAGAAGAAUUCAAUGAAUUACUUGAACACUCUUAUGUUUUAUCUGAAAAAUACAAAGUUUUGAAAAAACAGUUUUCUAAGCUACAACUAGAACAUGAAAAAGUCUUGAAAGAAAUGAACUUUAUCGUUCAGGAAAAUGAUGUUUUGAAGAAACAAGAUUCGGCUAAGGAAGUAAUUGCUUUAAAGAAAAGAGUUAAGGUUUUAAUUGAUGAUUUAUCAACCUUUACCAUUGGUCUUGAUAAUCUUGUUAAACUGUGUGGUAACAGUCGCGAACUGUAUGAUAAAAGUGGGUUAGGUUUUGAUAGUGAAUCAACAUUGUCUAGUGAAACCAUGUCUGACAUAUCAUUUACAUCAUCUGAUUCUAGUCAAACUAAGUUUGUUGUGAACUGUAUAAUUGAGCGGAAAGAAAAGAAAACCUCUUUUGAAAAGAAGGUUCCUCCUAAGUAUGCAACUAACCCUUUAGGACCCGAGAAAACCUGGGUACCUAAAAUGUCAAUCAUCUCUGUUGCAGACCUACUUAACAGAAUGAAGGAAAUGCCAACAAUGGUACUUGGACAGUGGAUGCUCGCGACACUUGACGGGCAAAAAGUCUAUGUUCCCAAAGAUCCAAACUAG